AUGGUUAGGUGGAAUGCUAAUGGGGGUGAAGACUUUCCGGUGGCUUCUUGUUAUAAUGGUUAUGCUAAUCUCCGUAAUACUUUUGGUCCUCCUUGUAGAUUUUAUGAGGCUUUUGGGUUAGUGUGGAAAGCGGGGGUGCCGUUUAAGAUUAAGGCUUUUGGAUGGAGGCUUUUGGCGGAUCGGCUUCCAACAAAAGAUCUUUUGAUGAAUAGAGGUAUCCCGACUCCCUUAGCUCUUUUAAAGUGUUCUUUUUGUGGCAUGGAACCGGAGACUAGGGAUCAUUCUUUUUUUGCUUGUAAUUUGGUUAAGAAUAUUUGGAGGGGUAUAGCUUUUUGGACAGGUAAAAGGGUGAUAGAGGAUAAUGAGUGUUUAUCAAGUUUUAUGGAUUGGCGCUUGUUUUGUAAAUCUAUAAAGGUAGAUGAGAAAAAAAUGGAUUUAAUUUGGUUUGCUACGACUUAG